GUUAAACCCUCCAACGUGCUUAUUAAUAAAGGUGGGGCUGUAAAACUAUGUGACUUUGGUAUUUCUGGUGAUCUUGUGAACAGCCUUGCCAUGACCAAAGAUGUCGGAUGUAGGCCAUACAUGGCUCCUGAGCGCAUAAAUCCAGACCUCAUGUCCCAUGGGUACGAUGUGCGCUCGGAUGUAUGGAGUCUGGGCAUUAGCCUGGUUGAGCUGGCUACCGGUCGGUUUCCCUACCCUUCUUGGCGGUCACCCUUUCACCAACUCCAGUCUGUACUGCAGUCACCUUCCCCACAGCUCCCGCCCGAUGAGGAGGUUUCAGUACCGUUUUCUGCAGCAAUGCGCGAGUUCGUCGAUUCCUGCCUUCAAAAGGACCUCAAGAAGCGACCAAAAUACGCUGCUCUUAUGGAAUUGCCCUGGUACGUAGAGGCGACGUCAUCUAAGGUAGAGCUAGGCGCCUACUUUACAGCCGUCUUGGAGUCCGCUUCUGAAACUGCCCUAUACUAA